AUGCAUUGUGGGCUGCUGGAGGAGCCUGAUAUGGAUUCCACAGAGAGCUGGAUUGAAAGAUGUCUCAACGAGAACGAGAGCAAGCGGUAUUCCAGUCACACGUCCCUGGGGAAUACGUCCAAUGACGAAAAUGAGGAGAAAGAAAACAACAGGGCAUCUAAACCACAUUCAACACCAGCUACCCUACAAUGGCUGGAGGAGAACUAUGAGAUUGCAGAAGGGGUUUGUAUCCCCCGCAGUGCUCUCUACAUGCACUACCUGGACUUCUGUGAGAAGCACGACACACAGCCUGUCAACGCCGCCAGCUUUGGGAAGAUUAUUAGACAACAGUUUCCACAACUAACCACAAGAAGACUGGGGACUAGGGGACAGUCAAAGUACCACUACUAUGGCAUCGCUGUGAAGGAGAGUUCCCAGUACUACGAUGUGAUGUACUCCAAGAAGGGGGCGGCGUGGGUGAACGAGACGGGCAAGAAGGAGGUCACCAAGCAAACAGUGGCGUAUUCACCACGCUCCAAACUGGGGACGCUCCUGCCAGACUUUCCAAAUGUCAAAGACCUAAAUCUGCCCGCCAGUCUGUCAGAAGAGAAGGUGUCAACGUUCAUCAUGAUGUACAGAACUCACUGCCAGAGGAUACUGGAUACAGUAAUACGCGCAAACUUUGACGAGGUCCAGAGCUUCCUGCUGCACUUUUGGCAGGGCAUGCCCCCGCACAUGCUCCCUGUCCUGGGCUCCUCCACUGUGGUCAACAUUGUGGGCGUCUGUGACUCCAUUCUUUACAAGGCAAUCUCUGGGGUUCUCAUGCCCACAGUCCUUCAAGCACUGCCUGAUAGUUUGACCCAGGUGAUCCGGAAGUUUGCCAAACAGCUGGAUGAGUGGCUUAAAGUAGCACUUCACGACCUGCCUGAAAACCUGAGGAAUAUCAAGUUCGAAUUAUCUAGAAGAUUUUCUCAGGUUCUCAAGCGGCAGACAUCUUUGAACCAUCUAUGUCAGGCGUCGCGGACGGUGAUCCACAGUGCAGACAUCACCUUUCAGAUGAUGGAGGACUGGAGGAACGUGGACCUGAACAGCAUCACCAAGCAGACACUUUACACCAUGGAGGACACACGGGAGGAGCAACGGCGGCUCAUCAUCCACUUGUACCAGGAGUUUGACCGUCUGUUGGAGGAGCAGUCUCCUAUAGAGGCCUACAUAGAGUGGCUGGACUCCAUGGUGGACCGCUGUGUUGUCAAGGUGGCAGGGAAGAGGCCUGGGUGCCUGAAGAAGGUGGCCCAGCAGUUCCUGCUCAUGUGGUCGUGCUUCGGGACACGAGUCAUCCGGGAUAUGACCCUCCACAGUGCGCCUAGCUUCGGCUCGUUCCACCUGAUCCACCUGAUGUUUGAUGACUAUGUGCUGUACCUGCUGGAGUCCCUGCACUGCCAGGAGAGGGCCAAUGAGCUCAUGAGGUCCAUGAAGGCAGAGGGCAACACAGCUGAGCAAGAGGAAGAGAUGAUGCUGACGGAGACCACGCCCACAUCCACGUCCCCAGGGCCCUUCUCCCCGGCCAAGUCUGUCACCUCAGUGGGGGUCCCAGCCGCCAGCUCCCCCGCUGCUGCCCAGUCCCCAGAGUACACAGGGGCCACAGCCACCACAGGAGCUGUUCAGUCAUAUACCUGGUCCCUUACGUACACAGUGACAACGUCAGGCGGCACCCCUUCUGAGGGCGGACAGCAGCAGCCUUGCAUGCGCAGUGGUGCCCCAGUGCCCCCUCCCUCCUCCGCCCAUCGACUGCCAGUCUACGCACACAGGGAUGAGCACGGGUUCACUGGGAGCUAUAACUACGGAAGCUACUCCAACCAGCACCCCCACUCCAUCCAGAGCCAGUACCCCAGUCUGGCCCAUGAACCGGGCAUUCCUGCCCCCCUCCAUUAUCCCGCCUACCACCGCACUUCUGCACAGUACCCACUCAACAGCCAGAUGUCACGGAUGGAGCCCUGCUUGAUGGGAGGUACUCCUCGGCUGCACCCUACGCCUGUGACCCCCCGGUGGGCUGAUGUCUCACCGGCCAACAGCUGUUACACCAGUUCCCCUAUACACUCCUCCCGCUACGCCGCCUCUGGAGACAUGUACUCCCCCCUGGCCCCUCGCAGGAACUCUGAGUAUGAACACUCUCAACACUUUCCCGGUUUCGCCUACAUCAACGGAGAGGCCACUACAGGCUGGGCCAAGUAG